AGCUGUAGAUCAGAUGAUGGGAGGAGGGAGGAUAGUGAUGGAAAUAGGAGCGAGGGAGCGGAAGACAGAGGGGAGGAAGCAAAGAAGCAAGUGCUGGGUUGCAUUCAGUAGCAUCUAAGGAGACCACGAGGCGAGCGUGGAGCAAGCAUCAGAACCAAAUGAGGGGAGAUUCAAUGCGGAAACAGCCUAGCCUGAUCAAUGUCAGGCAUAUUCACUCAGAGAUGGACACUGUAAAGUUUCACUUCUAUUAAAAACCCUCUGAGCGACUUGGGGACUCUGGAGGACACGGCAGAGCAGAGAGUGGAAACUUAGCUCUUCACAUUCGGACGUCGCGCAGAUGUAUUAGACAGUUGGGAAAUACUCCUUCGAAUUGUGGAACGUUGGAACCAAUUAGCCGGAGGAUGGGGAGAAGAGCGGCUGACCUGACCACUCCAGUUCCCGUUCUGGGCGUCCCAGCCUUGGUUGGAGCUCGUGGCUGGAGGACGACAGAAGGCGACGCAACCGGAGGAGCACUGCUGCAGACGUGGGGUCUUCAGAGCUGCAGUGUCGGCGUUCAGACGUCCCCGGGGGUAAGCAGAGCCCCUACACAGCGGUGUGCGCAGCUCGCGGAUAAACUCAGCACGAAGUCGAUUCACAAUGCCCACACGUCCAACAGCUACGUUACCAGGGAGUACAAAGAGAUGCUACUGCUAACAAAUGGUGACAAGGAAGAAGGAGCAAAAAGUGUGGACUCCAAGAGUAGAAAGGAACUUGUAGGGGAGGCCUUAGGGGAUGUUGUGUGCAGUCAAGAUCGCAGUUAUUACGAUUCCAGUAUAAUCAAGACCAACCCACCAACCAACGUGGGCCCAAAACUGAAACCUUCUGUGCGCUACACCAACGGUAGUGUGGUUGAUUCAGAGGCAAUGGGAGGAAUUAGUGUUGAAAAUGGUGACUCCGGCCCAACUGACGCAGACCAAACAAGAGUGCACACCCGUUAUAGCAAGCAGUCCAGGAAGAUGCUGCUGUUUUCUGCUCCGAGACGUCUCAGUGCAUCCCAAAAAAUAUGCAACCAUUGUGGGGGUAGACGGUCUCCAACAGCGGGAGCUGAGAUUUCAGGGAAGAAAAGCGUUACUGCUCUUGCUUUCCAAGCGGAGAAACAUCUUAAGUCAGCCCACGACUUGCAUCUUCAGCCGUCCCGUAAUGAGACAAACAUCCAACCAAGCAACCAUCAACUCCCUGAGAGCACCGCCAACAGAGACAAAGAGACAAGCUAUCCACAAGUGUUACAUCUUCAAGAAGAAGUACUGAGAUGUAGAAAAACAUGGCAUCCUGCAUGCCCGGUCCAUUCAAUGAAUGCCUUGACCCAGCCACAAACCAUCCACGCUAAUGCAAACACCAUCACUAAAGCCCCAAUGGAAACAAAAAAAGAUAGUUUGGAAUCUUUAACAAGCACGCCUCUCAACAGGAAAACCCCCCAAAGAGGAAGUCUCCCUUCAACUCCUCUUAUGGCCACUGCUACCAAAUCCAACUACCCCCACACACAGACACCUUUUAAACACCACCAUGAACGCAGUGUCUUGCAAAAUGUGUGUGUAUCUGUGCAUGCUAGCCAAGAGAACACUCCUCAUUUGUACACAACAGCCACGGGAAACACACACGGCAUUGGAUUCCCUAAAACCGCUCCAACGGUUCCUAGCGCACUCACGUCCGCGGAAAGAACACCUCAUGAAUCCACAGAAACGAAAGAUUCACCUAACUAUCCCACCAGACUACUAGAACUUCAGAAAUCCAAAACACAAUUCACACCUGCAGGUCUGUCACUUACCUUAGCCGAGUUAGCUCCCACGCUGGAAAAUAGCCCCGGUCGAGGUAAUGGUAGUUCCAGUGGAAUAAAUACAAAUGGCAAACCUAAUCCGAAACAUUUCAAUGCAAAAGUCCAGCCAGUCUGCUCAAAUUCCGAAUUAACGCUAAAAACGGCAUCUCUAAGUGCACUAUCUUGUGCAAGCCUGGAUUCUGAAUCUGGGAUGUCAGCUCCCAUCUCUACAACUACUAAUUAUGCUUUGCACAGAAACACAGCCCUGAGGAGCUCUUCAACUCUUCAACCUCCAUCUACACGGAAAGAAAACCAAAGCAACUCCAGUGCAUCAUGUAAUUCUUUACUUAAAACAAGCAACGUGUCACAUCAACACAUUGAAUCACUUUGUCAUAAUAAUACAAAGAAGCCUUGCUGCGCACAAACAUCUGAUACCACUAAUGAACCCACUCUCUGUGUAGUUCCCAGUCGGAAAAACACGUCAAAGACAGCUCGGAUUGCAUUGUCCAGGCUGUCAAAUGUGUCCAAACAUUGCAGCAAAAGCAGUCAUGUGUCAAAUGCGAUACAAAACCAUCAGCCAAACAAACUAAACAGGGAAUUGAAUACGGAUGCAAAGCUGCUGCAUGAUCUCAUCACUGGAGUCGUUCCAAAGAAUCAUCCGAGCAUAACACAGGUGACUAACCCUCAAAUUACAAUUUGCCCAAUUAAAUCCAACAGUUCUUGUCUGCAGGCUUGCAUUAACGCAAAACAACAAAAGGGUGCACAUGAUGGAGGAGGCACGGUAACAGAGCACGAGGGACAGUGUGCCACAUGCCCACCAGGAGUAACAGCCCAGCAGAUGGAUUCAAACACAAAAGAGUUAGCCUCGGGCAUAUCACCCAUGCAUGCAAGCAGUACGCCUCAAUCCAAUGCAGAUAAACAGACGCAGCCAAAUGAUCCAAGAGCUUCUGUCACAGCAACAGGAAAAUACGAGCCCAUUAUCUCAACUCAGGCAAACAAAAGUGCGCGUGAUGUCUUCAUGCACCAGUCUGAGUUCAACACAUCAUCAGUACAAGAACCUCACUCGGGCCCAAAGUUGUCUUUAAUUGCAGCAGCACGACGCUGCGGCGAGGGGGAACUCACUUCCACGUCCCUUCAACGCCCCGGGUCCAGUGUGGCUGAGGCAAUCGUCAGCCGGGAUUCAAAACGCAGUCCUGCUGCUGCCACCAAGCUGGACCCAGAGGACCUCAUCCUGGCUCAUUCCCACCCGACUGAAGCAGCCCUGUUGCUGCCUCCGUCCCCACAGUGCUGUAAAUCAGCAUCCAUACAGCAGAGGCUUCAAAGUGUGGAGGCCAGUCUGGCAGCCAACAAGGACAGGAUCGCUACUCUGCUGAACAUCAUCCAUGACCUGGAGGCCACUCACAGUCCUGCCACUGGACGACGAUCCUUCAAAACUGGACAGGAUCUAAAAAACUGUUCAACUUGCCAAAAGACUGCCUGCAUUGUCUACAGUGUGGAGUACGACUUCAGAAAGCAGGAAAGGUGCUUCUUGGAGGUUCUGAAUCAUCAUUCAGCGAGAGGAAAUAAGGCGGACCACAUUCACCAAUCCGGGUCGCUGAGCUUCAGUGUGCUCGGAAAAGCCAUGAAGAAUGUGAGGAAGUCCAAGAAGAAAAGCAAAAAGCUCUACAAGAUUCUCCUGAAGUGGCUGCCCAGGAAACUCCUGCAUGUUUAGAUUUUUGUCAUAGUACGGUGGAACCUCGGUUUUUGUCGAAUCGGCGAAAAGCGAAACGUACGUAAACAGAGGCAAUUUCGCAGUUGCAGGAAGUCAGCAACGCUAGGGUGCUUUGUUUGGGCACUCAGUUUCACGGAAUGAUACAGUGUAGGACAAACGCACUAGUUCGUUACGUGCAAUAUUGUACAAAAGCAAAAGCAAAAACCGAGGUUUGACUGUACUUGUAAGCUGUUUUAGUGACGGACAGAAGACUCAUCCUCGACUACGUGGAGAGUGAUUGCAUCUUUUACCACGGUUUCGCUUUGGAUUUUGUACAUUUAAGUUGCUUCUGAUCCUUAAGAGGUUUAAUUGUUUUUAUUCAAAUAGGAAAAUAUUUUAUUGUCAGCACAUGUCUGCUAUGUGUGCAGGGUGGCCGAAAAACAGAUGAAACCACAUAAAACAGUUGGAACGGCUUCCCGGUCUUUCAAAAAUAUAUAAAUUCAUAAAUCAUGCUGUUUUGUGGUUGAAUCCGGCCUAUUAUUGGUCAAAAAUGGGCAUAUUUAAGCAAAUUGUAUAUGUUGUUUUCCCCAAAUGAAGCAUUUUCAAGUAUAAAAAUGGCUAAAUAAAUAUAAGGCAUUCAGAAGACCAAAGACGUUGUGAUGAUGACGUUCGGUGAGACAUAUUGGGUAGGAGGAGUGUACUAGGGGGUGUUAUUUCAUGUCUAGAGGACUCUGAUUUAGCAGGUUGUAAAUAGGUUUUCUAUGCUCUAACUGUGACAUUAUUUGAUUUCUAAAUAGGGAAUUCUACUUUGAGGACAUUCACUUAUCACGGUCGGGUCUGGAACCUAAUAAACUGCGAUAAACGAGGGAUUACUGUAGUGCAUAACUUUUAAUAAGCUCCUCAAGAGUAUCCGUGUUACAUUUGUCUUCAUUAUUUGUCUUCAUCGUUAACUUUAAAGGAAGCAGCCGCAGUAAAAUGGUAAUACAGUCGUCCCUCGUUGAACGCGACUAAUUGGUGCCAGAAUUUCCACGAUCUAGGAUUCAGUGUUAAUAAAUUGGAUAUUUUUCUUGUUAGAGCAUAGAAAGCCUGUUUAUGACUUUCUAAAUAAGGUUUUGUAACGUUAUUAGAGCCCUGUAAACAUGAAAUAACAACCCUAUAGUCAACUUAACACUUUUCCUUCUUUAUUGCGCAACUCUUAUGCUGCAUACCUCGAGCAAGCCAGUGCACUAACAAGCAGGCAAGCUAGUGAGCUAACCAGUUAGCCUCACAUAUAUUUAUUCUAAACUUAAGAAGGCAAAAAUGUACCACUUCCACAUGUAAUGGGAGGAGAACUUUUUUCCCACUCUAUCAUGUGGGACAUGCCAUGGCUGACUUCAUGUGUUCAUGCAGUGUAAAGGUAAUGUCAUGUCAGCUAAUGUCUCAAUGUUUUGUGGCAUUACUGCCACCUAGUGAUGAGAAAACUACAUAUCAUUUGUAUUUCAGUAUGUUUUGACUAAUAAUAGACCAUAGUCUACCACCAAACAGCCAUCAUUUAUUCAUUCAUUCAUUCAUUCACCGCCGUAUUGCGAGGGACAACUGUAUAACUUCAUUUCACACUUCACCUCACACUUGAAGGUCAGCCCGUCACUAAGUCGUUAUUAAGAAGAGUCCAAUGAUUGGUGACAGCGACGCUUUCCACAAACAUGGCCGACACGCCUUGCUAAAAACGCUCUACAUGUAUAUCGCUAUCAAAACAAUAUCAAUAUUUUGCGCUAAUAUUCAUAAGACGCUAAUGUCCGUCCACGGAGCUCUCAAAGAGUUUUCCCAUGAAAACAAUGCAGUACAUUUUGGAUGAACUCCUACUAAAUGCCUUUGAGAAAAUGGAAUGAGAACACAUUUUAUUUCCAGGAUAAAGUAUAGAGCUUCUCUUCUUGUGUGACAUUUGAAGUCAACACAAACCAUUUGUGACACUAAAAAUGUCGACAGUAUGUUUGAUUCUCGUUGUAUUCCUCUGUCUACUGGGGUGAUGACCGAAGAUUCAACACCUUUUAGACAGACAAACUCAUUUUGGUGCGUCAACGUUGCUCAGCAAAUAUACGGUGAGCAGCAGUUAAGGUAAAAGCAAAGGUACUGGAACACAUGACUGACAGGUGUGUUUUGCUGCCCAGGUGUGUCCUCUUUUGCUUUUUCAGUCAUUAAAUAGCACUGAAUGUCUGCACGCAGUUUCAGAUUGGGUGAACCUGAACCAAUCUUGCAGGCAUUAAAAAUAAACGGCAUGGUUUUUCUUGUUGUCUUAUCUUCUCACCUUCAGUCUACAUUUUUUAUUACAUGCAUUGUCAACGUUACUUUGGAUUCAUUUCCUAUACCAAUCCAUUGGCCAUUAUCAGCUCAGGAGCUUCAUUUUUCAUUGAAAUAUAUAUAUAUAUAUAUAUAAAAUAAAGUGUUAUUAUGGCAGUGUUCACCCAAAGAAAAAUGAUGCUAGCCUUGGUGGGCCAAACAAGUACAAAGCUGAAAUUCUCUAAACUCUUGUGGCAUUAUUAAUUCAAGGAUAUUCAUUUAUCUUCUUCUGGGGAAAAAAAGAUGAUAGAUUAUUUACACUACCUACUUUACAAACUUUCCUUUAGAAAAGUCUGCUGAUUUUCAUUUUUCUCUUCUUUUUGGGGCAUUUCUGCAGUGCACCGGUGCCAAUAAAUCACAGUAAUGAUUCAUGUGUGUUCUUAAUCCAAUAAA